CCUCAUUCUCAGUCGUUCGCCCAUCAGGUUUAUACUCCGGCUCCGUGGCCAUCUGCCUCCCUCACGACCUCCUCGUUCCAGGUUUUCCUCUCGACUGCUGCGCCCUUGCACUUCGCCUUGCAUCAGUGAAACCCCCUGCAACGUGACGGCUCAAAGACAUCCUCGUUUGGCCGCUGGAGACCGGAGCGUGCGCUUCGUUUCGUCUUCUUCGAACCGAUCUCAAUUUCCCCGCUCGGGUUGACGCCGUCAGCACCCUGCUCGUUGCCUAACGGCUUGUUAUUCAAGACCCCUUUUCUGCCGCUUCCGCGACCGAUUUAUUCGUCGCCUUCCAACUCUUGUACAAUCGGGGGGAAAGAAAGCAGACGGAGUUCGAUCUGGAGGAAUUAUAGCUGAGUCUUGCCCGCAAGACUCGCCGCAACCAUGAAUCAAACACUUCCCACGUGGAAGGACCGCACGCAGAACCAGUUUGGAAAGCUUCAGAUCCAGGUUCCAUGGCGGUCCAUCCAACUGCUCGUCCCGCAUCGCAUGCGGCGGAAGUUAAGGUCCAAAUUGCGCAGUAGAGCGUCUCCUACCUCGUCAAUAGCCUCUUUACAGACGUCGUUAUCGCCUGCAGACACACUACGAUCGCUCCAAAGCCACCGAUGGACGGUUUACGACUUCCAAUAUCUGCUUCUGUUGAUCGUGGGCAUCUUCUCUUUGACCGUUAUCGAGUCGCCCGGGCCUUUGGGCAAAACGGCCAUUUUCUCCAUGCUCCUAUUCUCUCUCCUGAUCCCUAUGACCCGCCAGUUCUUCCUCCCGUUUCUGCCGAUUGCCGGAUGGCUUCUGUUUUUCUACGCCUGCCAGUUCAUCCCAAGCGAUUGGCGCCCUGCGAUUUGGGUUCGUGUCUUGCCUGCACUGGAGAAUAUUCUCUACGGCGCAAACAUCAGCAACAUCCUAUCCGCUCACCAGAACGUUGUGCUUGACGUGCUGGCGUGGCUACCCUACGGUAUCUGCCACUAUGGCGCUCCGUUUGUGUGCUCGUUGAUCAUGUUCAUCUUCGGUCCGCCCGGCACUGUUCCCCUUUUCGCGCGCACUUUCGGCUAUAUCAGUAUGACUGCGGUUACUAUUCAGCUGUUUUUCCCUUGCUCUCCACCUUGGUAUGAGAAUCGCUAUGGUCUAGCUCCGGCAGACUACUCCAUCCAAGGUGAUCCCGCAGGGCUUGCCCGCAUUGACAAGCUUUUCGGCAUCGACCUUUACACGUCUGGUUUCCAUCAGUCGCCUGUUGUGUUCGGCGCUUUUCCGUCGCUGCAUGCUGCCGACUCAACCCUGGCCGCACUUUUCAUGAGUCAUGUUUUCCCCCGCAUGAAGCCCGUCUUCGUGACCUAUACUCUAUGGAUGUGGUGGGCAACAAUGUACCUCUCACAUCACUAUGCGGUCGAUUUGGUUGCGGGUGGUCUCCUGGCCGCCAUUGCUUUCUACUUCGCCAAGACCCGAUUCCUUCCCCGUGUCCAGCUCGACAAGACCUUCCGUUGGGACUACGACUAUGUGGAAUUCGGCGAGUCUGCCCUGGAGUAUGGGUAUGGUGCAGCUGGCUAUGAUGGAGACUUCAAUCUCGACAGCGAUGAAUGGACUGUUGGUUCUUCAUCCUCCGUCUCCUCAGGCUCCUUGAGUCCCGUUGACGAUCAUUACUCAUGGGAAACCGAGGCACUGACCUCCCCACAUACUGAUAUUGAGUCCGGCAGGCAUACUUUCAGCCCUUGAGUAGCCACAAACCAAACUCGAUACCUGCAUAUAGCGAUCUCGCUCCUCCUCCACUGCAUCUAUUUACGAGACGGCGUUAGAACAUUUCACGACAUUCUGGCUUUAUUGCAUCGAGCACAUUUCGACACAUAUAUCUUUAAUACCCUUUCUUCGGUGUCCCAGAUCAUCGGUUCGACCUUAAUGUACCUCGGUCCGAAUCCGCCUGGGAUACUGUUUCUCUUUCCGCCGCACUUCACUGUACAUUGCUUGACAUUGCGAAACCGGGUUGGGCUCGAACGUGGGAUGGGUUAUCGCUCAUCGCUACACGCCGUUGCUCCAUCAUAAUGUUAAUGGACACAAUGG